AUGUCUGAUGUACGGGUAAAGUCCUCCUAUGCUUUGCAUGAGUCCCUUGAUUCAGCAGAGACUUCUACCAGGGACCAGAAGACAUCCUUGCCCAUGGAGCCCAAGUUUGAUAUGUUGUACAAGAUUGAGGACGUGCCACCAUGGUACCUGUGUAUCCUGCUGGGCUUCCAGCAUUACCUGACAUGCUUCAGUGGCACCAUUGCUGUGCCCUUCCUCCUGGCUGAGGCGCUGUGUGUGGGCCGUGACCAGCACAUGGUCAGUCAGCUCAUCGGCACCAUCUUCACCUGUGUGGGUAUCACCACUCUCAUCCAGACUACAGUGGGCAUCCGGCUGCCGCUGUUUCAGGCCAGUGCCUUUGCAUUUCUGGUUCCAGCCAAAGCUAUCCUGGCCUUGGAGAGGUGGAAGUGUCCCCCACAAGAGGAGAUCUAUGGUAACUGGAGUAUGCCUCUGGAUACCUCUCAUAUCUGGCAUCCUCGGAUUCGAGAGGUCCAGGGUGCAAUCAUGGUGUCCAGCAUGGUGGAGGUGGUAAUUGGGCUGAUGGGGCUGCCUGGGGCCCUGCUCAGCUACAUUGGGCCUCUCACAGUCACUCCCACUGUUUCCCUCAUUGGUCUCUCUGUUUUCCAAGCUGCUGGUGACAGAGCUGGCUCCCAUUGGGGCAUUUCAGCUUGCUCCAUUCUACUGAUCGUCCUGUUCUCCCAGUACCUACGCAACCUUACCUUCCUGCUGCCUGUUUACCGAUGGGGCAAGGGCCUCACUCUUUUCCGCAUCCAGAUCUUUAAGAUGUUUCCGAUCGUGCUGGCCAUCAUGACUGUGUGGCUCCUCUGCUAUGUGCUGACCCUGACCGAUGUGCUGCCUUCAGAUCCCACGGCCUAUGGCUUUCAGGCACGAACUGAUGCCCGAGGCGACAUCAUGGCUAGCUCACCCUGGAUCCCAAUCCCCUACCCAUGUCAGUGGGGCCUACCCACAGUGACUGUGGCUGCAGUUCUGGGAAUGUUCAGUGCCACACUUGCAGGCAUCAUUGAGUCCAUUGGUGACUACUAUGCUUGUGCCCGGCUGGCUGGUGCACCACCCCCUCCAGUACAUGCUAUCAACAGGGGAAUUUUCACUGAAGGCAUCUGCUGCAUUAUUGCUGGGCUACUGGGCACGGGCAACGGGUCCACUUCAUCCAGCCCCAACAUUGGGGUCCUAGGGAUUACCAAGGUGGGCAGCCGUCGAGUUGUGCAGUAUGGUGCAGGCAUCAUGCUAGUCCUGGGUGUCAUCGGCAAGUUCACAGCCCUCUUUGCCUCACUCCCAGACCCCAUCCUGGGAGGAAUGUUUUGCACCCUUUUUGGUGAGGGGGGGUACCCCCCGGGGGCCGGACUGUCCAAUCUGCAGUUUGUAGACAUGAACUCCUCCCGCAACCUCUUUGUAUUGGGAUUCUCUAUGUUCUUUGGCCUCAUGCUGCCCAAUUACCUGGAUUCCAAUCCAGGUGCUAUCAACACAGGCAUUCCUGAAGUGGAUCAGAUCCUAACUGUGCUGCUGACCACGGAGAUGUUUGUUGGCGGGUGCCUUGCUUUCAUACUGGACAACACAGUGCCAGGGAGCCCAGAGGAAAGAGGCCUGAUACAGUGGAAAGCUGGAGCCCACACCAACAGUGAGACAUCAGCGAGUGUGAAGAGUUACGAUUUCCCCUUUGGGAUGGGCAUAGUAAAAAGGACUGCCUUUUUCAGAUACAUUCCUAUCUGCCCAGUCUUCAGAGGGUUUUCUAAAAAGUCAAAAACUCAGCCUCCAGUUGUAGAAGACACUCCAAACAAUACAGAAACUGAGUCUGUGUGCACCAAGGUCUGA